GCACUCUCGGAAGACGUUCAAGACCAACCAUGACCCAUACCGGGGGCUUCUUUAUGGAGCGCCAACCAAGGAAGUGAAGAUGACAGUCAACCAUAGCCGAGGUGUGGACGAGUCAGAAAAGAGGAUAUCCGCUGCAGGCAGAGUGCCUAAUGGUUCUGGCUGCGGAAAGGCUGGAGAUGCGUGCGUGCGACAGGAAAAGCCUGAGGGAAGAAAGAAGGAAGGAGUCGUGUGCACAGAGCGCCAUGCCCAACAAAAGUUCAAUGAGGGCAUGGAGUAUUUCAAAAGAGCCCUUGAGCACUACUUUCUUGACGGCUUUGUGACCGAUCACUUCUUUAUCCUCGUGGAAAUCAGCACCGUUCACAAAUAUCUGGCAUAUUUUGAGAUGAACGUCAAGCGCUGCAGUCAAAUCCACAAAAGGCGAGCAGCUCGUCUCGAGGUGCUUGUGGAACAUUUCAACCCUGAUGCGUACCCCCCGAUACGGAAGCAACUGAACACAGAACUCGGUGCAAUCUACCGUGAGACGGCGGAUCGUCUGAGCGAGGUAGAUGCCCCUGCUGCAAAGGUGGCAGCUGCAGCACUGGAGUCUGUUACGUUCUAUGAGCGCGUCUUCAACGUUUCUGAGGUAGGUAAGAUUCAAGAUGAUCCUCACCGGAACUUGACGAUUGCUUUUUCCCUGGCAAGAAUGUAUGAAAAGCUGCAUGGAUGUUGCAAGGAGAAAGAUGUGUCCAGUCUUCUUAUGACAGAUGGUGGUGAGCCACUUGAACAUCUGAAGAAGAGUCUGGACAUGUAUAACUUUGUUGUGGAGUAUGGCAGCAAGCACAAUAUUCAGGCGAAGGAGGAACAUAUUGCCUUGUGCAAGGAGAUGGCGGAACUUCUGCCUGCAUCGAUUGCUGCACAGGUGAGCGGUUAUGGACGACUGCAAAGAUAGGAUGUGUGAGUAUGCUGGUGAUGCUGAUGAAGGUCUACGCAAUUACACUUUU